GUUCAUACUCUUCUCUUUUUCUUCCUCUCGAUUACGAAUUAAUCUAUCAACGCUUAAGACUUGGAGAAGAUUACGCACAGAGCAAAGAUUCAUUUUUUUUUUUCUUUCCAUGCUUCUUCCCAUCCCUCUCUUCACGUAGCACCCAUUAAUUCUCAUCAUCUUUCCCAACCCCAUACAUCACCAUAUCAAGGGGCCGAUACGAAUCGAUCUCAGGUGCCUAAAUUCCCUCUGAACAUCAGUUCCUUAAUUAAUCCUCAUACAUUGAUGAUCAGUCUUUUCAAUCCUACCAUUACUGCGGUUCGCAGAUCUCUUUCCAUCUAGGACACCCCAAAAAAUGUUUGUUAUUUAUCAUGCGAGGAUGCCAAAGUUGAUGACAAAGACGAGAAAAAGUAAAAAAAGACGUUGAAUUUUUGCGGAUCCCAUUGAUCCAUUAGUGAAAAGGGGAUCUAAACCAUCAUGACAAUCCGAAAUUGCAUGUGAUCAAUUUACCCUCUUUCUUGUCUUCCUCGAUCGAUUCUUCGUUCCCUUGCAGACAGAUUAAGAAAAUGGACGCCACCCACCGCAUGGUUUGUCAAGAGGAUUUCUUCAAUCCUCUUACCUCAAUGGCCAUGCAAGUGUCUGGAAUUCUUGUCAUCUCCCACUUCUUCCACCUCGUGCUCAAGGCCUUUGGUCAACCUGGGCCCAUUGCUCAAAUCUUUGCUGGAUUGGUGCUGGGUCCCUCAGGGCUAUCAAAUAUUCCAAAAGUGAGAGAAUUUUUUUUCCAAAGUAUUUCUGCUGAUUUCUAUGAAAUUUUUGGUCUAUUUUGCCGUAUCAUAUUCAUGUUCCUGAUCGGGCUAGAAACAGACAUUCCUUACAUAAAACGCAACUUACGUGCGGUGAGCGCUCUCGCAUACGGUGGUGUCGUAUUCGGCUUUAUCUCUGGACUGGGAGGCUCCUUCUUCCUUUAUCGCCAGUUACAAGAGCGUGAUUUCAAGUUCACUUUCGUUUUCAUCAUCAUGUUAAUCUUAGCCUACACAGCCUCUCCGGUUGUGAUUCGUUUGGCGGCGGAGUUGAAGUUUGAUACCUCGGACAUUGGUCGGAUGGCAAUAGUUUCUUCACUCGUAAAUGAAAUGUCUUGCCUUCUAAUUUUCAAUUUCAUUGUCGCUUUUAAUUCUGGGAAAGUCCUGAAAUAUGGUUCCUAUUGCAUUUUCCUUAGUUUCUCAGUCGUGAUUAUAAACAAGUACUUGGCUAAUUGGUUCAACAAACGGAAUCAGAACCAAAAGUACUUGAAAAAUCCUGAGUUUUUUUUCAUCUUGUCACUUCUUGUGGGGAGCUCAAUGUUUUUUGAAUGGGCUAAUUAUAAUAGCCUAAUGAAUUGUUUUCUCAUCGGCCUGUUGUUCCCCAAGGAAGGUAAAACAGCAAGGACUUUGGUGCACAAGCUUACCUAUUCUGUUCACAACUUCAUACUUCCUAUUUACUUUGGCUACAUUGGGUUCCGAGUUAAUGCGAGCUUUCUGAAUAGCUGGAAUAAUGUGCUUAUUGUUGUUGUCAUGGUGUUGUUGAGCGUUGCCAGCAAGAUUACUGGCACUCUUGCUGCGUGCCAGUACCUACAAAUUCCACUGAAGGAGGCUUUUCUCCUUGGUUUUUUGCUGAACCUGAAAGGCCAUGCUGAUCUUCUGUUCAUUGGCUCCUCUUCAAAGACCCUCAUUUUGUGGAGUCCAAAAGCUUAUAAUCUUUUGCUGAUAUCAAUAGUCGUCAACACAAUAAUCUCAGGCCCGAUUGUAGCUUUCCUGCUGAGAAAAGACGAAAGAUCUUUUGGAAAUAAGCGGACAGCCCUUGAAAUAAUACAUAGUGCAGAUGAAGAGCUUAGUUUGCUCGCAUGUGUGUAUGGACCUCGUCAUAUGCCAGCCAUUCUCUCACUCAUAUCAGCACUAAGCGGCUCUCAGAAAGCACCAACAAACCCUUAUUUAAUGCACCUAAUAGAACUCGUACAAAAACGCAGGACCAAUGUAUCUUAUCAUGAACUUGAAGAUCAUGAACUUAGCGACGACGAAGACUAUGGCGGAAAUGAUGUUCUGGGAAUCCAUGACGCCAUGGAUGCGUUUACAGCAGAGACAAGAAUCUUGAUCCACCUAUGUAAAGCCGUGUCAUCCUUCACAAGUUUGUACGAGGAUGUCUGUAACAUCGCCGAGGACUUGCGGGUGUCGAUUAUUCUUCUCCCUUUCCACAAGCACCAAAGAAUUGAUGGGAAAAUGGACAGUGGGAAAGAGGGUGUUCGGACAACAAACCAGAAGAUUCUUCGCCAUGCUCCAUGCUCUGUUGGUGUUAUUGUGAGCCGAGGCAUUGACGGGGUUCCUGGGUUUUCGCAACUGCUUGGGUCUGAAACUGUGCAGCAUGUUGCGACUCUGUUCUUUUGCGGUCCAGACGAUCGUGAGGCUGUUGCAUGGAGUAGACGCAUCGCUGCUCAUCCUCGGAUAAACUUGACUGUCAUUAGGUUCCUGCCAGCUUCGUCGUCAUCAAUAUCAUCCCCAAGUGUAUACAAUUCCCAGAAGGAUAAUGCAGCGGAUGGGUCUAAUGCAGCAUCAGAUGGGGUUGAUGGAGUGUUAAGGGCAUUGUCAAGACUAGAGAACGGGAAUGGCACUAAUGAAGUUGACAAUGUCUUCUUGUCCGACUUCUAUAAUAGGGACGUGUCAUCGGGCCAAGUUGCAUAUGUGGAGAAGUAUGUGAACAAUGCAGCAGAGACGGUGGCAGCUCUUAGAGACAUUGGGGAUUUGUACUCUUUGUUCAUAGUAGGGAAAGGUGGGCGAGGACACUCACCGCUGACAACCGGUAUUUGUGACUGGGAGGAGUGUCCUGAGCUUGGCACCGUUGGAGACCUCUUGGCUUCUUCGGACUUCAACAUUAAUGGCUCAGUUUUGGUCAUUCAACAACAUAGGCAUGCACUCAAACAAGGAUCUUAUAGGUCAUGAUCAUUAAUUAUUACUUCUUCCAACUUAUAAUUAUGUACAUUAAUAAACAAAUUUGUAAUUACAAUUUGCUCAAAGUACUUGGCUUGUCUAAUACUAUCACAAAGCAUUGUUUUUUAAUUUAUGUGAUUGUUAUC